AUGGGAAAGGAUAUUUUGGCUUUAGACAAUAAGAAAACGUCCAGGUCAGUACCAGGAAAGGACGUUUUAAAGUUUAUCAAGAAGCAUUCAACGGCUUUCUUAAAGCAUCAGGACAAUACCGAUGAAAAUGAUACAGUAGAGGAACAAGUUGAAGACAACGAAGAUCAAGGGAGCAGAGAGAAAUCCGAAAACUCAACUAGCAGCCCAUUUAACGGACUUUCGUUUGAAGUCGGCGUUAGCGAAAAUAGAAACAGUCAUUAUCGACAAAGCAUGGAGGACGUUCACACUUACGUUGCCAAUUUUGCAGAAAGAUUGGAUUGGGGAUAUUUUGCCAUAUUCGAUGGACAUGCAGGAAAGCAAACUGCACGAUGGUGUGGAUCAAAUUUACACAAUAUCUUGUAUGACAAUAUUUCGAGGCACGAGGACAUGGAUCUCCGAGAUAACUUGAACCAGGCAUUCCGAGAUGCGGAUGAAAAAAUAGGGCAGCUGAAAAUAGCAGGUUCCAGUGGAUGUACAGCUGCAGUGGCUGUGUUACGUUGGGAAGAGGAGAUAAAUGCUGAAGAGGAAAGCGAAUUGGGCGGAACCUCAAAGGUCGAUGCACAGGAUAAAGAAAAUGUUACCAGUAAAGAAAUUCAUAAGGAGGGCAUACAAGAAAGGGGACGAAACAUUUUGGAUACAGUUCAAGAAAAUAAAACCACAACUGGUGAACCAGAAAAAGCUGAACAAGGUUUAAAGAUUGAGAAUACUAAACAACUCCCUUCAGCUGAAGCGUCAAAUUCUAUGCCAUUUGACUUUAUACCGACGAAAAAGCAUAGGCGAAUGUUAUACACGGCAAAUGUGGGUGAUUCAAGGAUUGUCCUGUGUAGACAUGGCCAGGCAAAAAGAUUAUCAUAUGAUCAUAAAUCAACCGACUGUUGGGAACAAAAAAGAAUUGCAAAUAACGGCGGUAUAAUGCUCAAAAGUAGGGUAAAUGGAGUUUUGGCAAUAACUAGAGCACUUGGAGACUGCUAUAUGAAGAAUUUAGUUGUUGGCGCACCGUAUACUACAUCAACAGAGAUUGGUGACGAUGAUGAAUUUUUAAUUCUCGCAUGCGAUGGUCUUUGGGAUGUUUGUACAGAUCAACAGGCCGUGGACUUGAUCAGAAACGUGAAAGAUCCAAAGAAGGCAAGCUCCAUAUUGUGCAAGUAUGCACUGGAACAAAUGACAACUGAUAAUAUUACAGUUAUGGUAGUGCGACUCGAUUCACGCGUCUUCAAUUACCGGAAAGAAAGUAUUCGGAGUUUAUAUAAAUAG